AGCGUGCUCAGCUAUUGACCUCUCAUAGUGAGAAUCUUAUUGGGUCUCCCCAUCUGUCCGUGACGUCUCUAGCUAGUGCUCUGUUUCUCUUACUGUGUUACUGUGUCGAUCAAUACUAUUUUUUGCGAACCAUUUUCAAAAUGCUCCUCGACUAUCUGUUACUCUUAAUAAUCACCGCCUUUUUAAUAAUUGCGGUAAUAAAAAUAAAACUUAAAAAAAAACCAUUCCAUUUGAGAAAACUGCCGCAUGUUGCAUUCAGAAAUGUAUUAAAUUCAAUGGAUAUUAAUAAAGUAAUCGAUUUAUCCAUGAAAUCUACUCGUUUCCGACGGAGACUAAAACAAGUAAAUCGAAAAAUUUUCAACCUGAUCAUUGAACGCUAUGAAAUAUAUUCUUCCAAAUUGGGAGAAGAUUCCUGGUAUCGAAGAAUAAUUGUAAUGGAAACAGAGAGAGAUAUGCAAUUUGCAUAUCACUUUAUGAUGAAUAAGGCACGAAUAGAAGGAUACGACUGGGCAACUCAUGAGGACAUCAAUGAUCAUAUCAGCUUCUUUUGCACAGAAUAUAAGAAAGUGAAUAAGUCGCCUUGCUUAUCUUAUGGAACUUCACAAGAAUUAACCAAACUUUUGGAUAUCUUAAACGGAUCCUUUUUAAUCGAUCAUGUUGAAUUGACAAUGGAGCGUGAUGAAAUCUUUGGGGAAUUUAAAUCCGCGUUGAGCCAUCCUUUAUUUCGGAAAUGCCAUUUUGUUAAACUUCUUGGAGACGAUUCGUAUAUUUCAACAGAGGAUAUGGAGUUCAUAUUAAAGAAUUUCGAUUUAAAAUAUGGAUUUUCAAAUAACUGUUUACACCGAGCCGGUUUUAACAAAAAAUUGUGGGUCAAUAUUCCACGAUUGGAUUUCCAAAAUUUUUUUACGGACGCAAGUUUAACAGUAGACGAGUUGAAAAUGAUGAAUUGCGAAAGGAUUCGAUUUGAUUAUCUUUAUGGAUCCUCGGGAGUACAACUAAACAAGUACGUCCGAUACUGGUUAGCCGGGAAUAUGUCAAAACUACGAAGAUUUCAAUUAAAUUUCUGGAAUGAUAGGUGGACUGAUGACUUAUGGAAUGGUUUACCGCACUCCUCAGAGUGGAAUCCAAAACGUCGAGCAAGAUUUUUCUAUGAUGAUCUGGAGGUAGUGGAUUGUUCAAAAGGACGAGAUAUCGAAAGAAGUGAUGGUCUACUUGCAACUGUUUUAAUCGAAUCCAGAACCAUGUACUUUCUCAUAUGACAUGAUAGAUUCCCGAUGGAUCAACAAACAUUGUUUAACUUCUCGGAAAAUUAAUACAUACUUAUAUGCUUCUUGCAAUUUUUUAUAUAAAGAACUAUUUUCGUGA